GCUAUCGAUAUCAUUGGGGUAGAGGUGAGACAUCAUAAUUGAUAUCAUUCGGCUGGGAGGAAAAUGCAGCUGCGGCAGUUUUUAGGGUUCAACGAAUCACAGAAGGCGGCCUCGUUUGGGGUAGAUAGUGCUGCCUUUUUCGUAUUUUGUAGACGGAAGUAGCGGAAGAUGGCGGAGGACAUCACCCCGCACGACUUUUUAGUUUUCAGAGUGGAAGUAGGAUGGGCAGAAUGGAGCUGGGGGACACGGAUAGCGUUAGAGGAUGGGGCCUCAAACUCAUGACUCGUAGCCAACUCAAGACGCGGCGUGCUGGGUGUAAGACGAUACUCCUGCUCGUCAAGCUUCAUUCUUGGGUCGAGUGGGCCUGUUGCUGAUGAAUAGAUAGCCAACUACUAUGACUACUUCCAUCACUUCAGAGAAGUGGCGUCUCUGCCUUCUUGUUGUUCUAUGAUGUGGAUGAUGUCUAACUGCUACUACAGCUUCGGCACGUUUCUUUGUUGUCAUUUCUUGAACUUAAUCGGCUGUCGAUGUAGGAUGUUCAACAUUCGUCAUCGGGCUUUAGUUCCGAUGGCAUUACAACGGGUUCGGCGUGAGGCCACGCUUUUUGAGUAAUUAACUUUAUUACAUGGAUGGAUCAACUCGUCGUCAAUAAUAAUACUUGCGAAGCUCAGCCGGUUUUAUGCGGACGUUGUAGAAGUUAACACUCAGCAGGCUCAGACAUCAAUGAGUCGGAAAAACUUAGUAUGAUGUGCUAGAAAUAGAAGAAUGCGCAAGAACGUAAAGUUCAACUAGAAAGAGCAAUAGGCAAGAAAAGCCACAUCAAAAAACUCAAAUACUGUACUAGAUAGAGCGGAACUGUAUAUGUAAUACGAAGUAAGUCAAUAGCGCCAUACGUACAGGGUGCGACAAAAAACGUUAUAGCCGUUUCUUGACUGUAACAAGGGAAAGAAGUCUCCCACUGUCUAUGCACUGUCAGUACCGCUUCGCCAUUGUAUCAUCCAGAGGAUCCACCAGAGGAUCCAGUCGCAAUCUACGUCUCAGAGGUGGUCCCCUGCGUUCUUGUUAGCGAGUUGCUGCCGGCCCUGUUCGAGUGCGCUCGUGCCUCGACGAGGAAGUAUUACCGUAUCUAGUUACGUACACGAGCUUAGUUGCUCAAUUGGUGCACUAGGCCUAUGCCUAUAGCUAUAGGUCUGUGCCGAUAGGCAUAUGCCUAGUGCACCAAAUAAGCGGCGCACAAGGAGACGCGCACUGUAUGAGUACAAGAACAGUAUACAACUGUCAUGCGACCGCUCUGACUCCUAGCAGCUCCGUCGUCCUAUAGCUGCAAUGUCAGGCCACUAUGCCACCACGCUAGUCAUUGUCCUUCUAUGAGAUAAUGGUAAAAAGGUGUGGGGCACUUUUAGGCAUUCUGUGCUAAGUGUGCGUUGUUGUCCAAGUAUGCGUUGUUGCACUACGAAGAGGCCUGCGCUUUUAUAUUUGUUUUCCUUCUUCAAUAGUCGCCCUCGUCGCCAAAACGUGCAUCCACCUAUUGGUAAAACUAGUCGGAGGUUGGCUCUUGGGAAAUGUGACCAUUAGAGUGGCAGUGGGGGGCCCGGGCGCCAGUGGCUGGACAGCACUGCUUUCGUAGGCAGGGUAGGGAUAAAAUAACAUUUUCGCCGUUCACAGGCGUAACCUGUAUUCCUCAAACUGAAGAUGAGUCUGCCACCGACAGGCAUCCUGUAGUACCGCCUCUUCCGCUUGAGUAUGCAGGUGGUUACCCCACCUGUCGGCAGAAGAUUCAUCACAGGAAAAUUGAGUGGCCUGGAGGUGCUUUGCGUCGCGUACUACUAGAAAAAAUUAUUCGAAGCUGGAAUGAUGAACGACCGGAACAGCGUUCCGU